AUGAGUAGUUCUAUACCUGAAUCAUUACAACCAUUUGUUACUAAUAAAUUUAUACAUAAAACAUGGGCAGGUACUUUUUAUUGUCAACCACAAGCUAUAUUUCAACCAAGAAAUGAAAAUGAAAUUAAAGAACUUAUAAAACAAGCUAAAAUACAUCAUAAAACUAUAAUGACAGUUGGUUCUGGACAUUCACCAAGUGAUUUAACAAUGACUAAAGAAUGGUUAUGUAAUUUAGAUAAAUUUAAUCAUAUUUUAAAAGAAGAACCAAUAAAAGGACCUGUAUCACCAAAUUCAAGAGAAACUGAAGUCAAAUUUGUUGAUCUUACAGUUGAAGCUGGUUGUAGAGUUUUUGAAUUAAAUGAAUAUUUGAAAAAAAAUGAUUUAGCUAUUCAAAAUUUAGGAUCAAUCAGUGAUCAAUCAAUAGCUGGGUUAAUUUCAACAGGUACUCAUGGAUCAACUCAAUAUCAUGGUUUAGUAUCUCAACAAGUAGUUUCUAUAAAAUUUUUAAAUUCAAAAGGAGAAUCAAUAAAUUGUUCAUCAAUAGAAAAUCCAAAUUACUUUAGGGCUAUAUUAUUAUCAUUAGGUAAAAUUGGAAUUAUAACUCAUGUAACUUUAAGAACUUGUCCAAAAUAUACUAUUAAAUCAAUUCAAGAAGUUAUAAAUUUUGAUACAUUAUUAAACUCAUGGGAUACAAUAUGGUUACAUUCAGAAUUUAUUAGAAUUUGGUGGUUUCCAUAUACUGAUAAAUGUAUAUUAUGGAGAGCAAAUAAAUCAAAUGAUAAAAUUUCACCACCAAGACCUUCAUGGUAUGGAACAUGGUUUGGAAGAAUUUUUUAUGAAUCUUUACUUUGGAUUUCAGUUCAUUUAUGGCCAAGUUUUACUCCAAAAGUUGAAAAAUUUGUUUUUAAUCAACAAUAUGGUAAUGUUGAAACUAUUGGAAAAGGAGAUAUUGCAGUACAAAAUUCAGUUGAAGCUUUAAAUAUGGAUUGUUUAUUUUCUCAAUUUGUAAAUGAAUGGUCUGCUCCAUUAAAUAAUGGUAUAAAAAUUUUAAAAGAAUUAAAAAAUAUAAUUGAAACAGCUGCAAAUAAAAAUGAAUUUUAUGUACAUGCUCCAAUAGAAGUACGUUGUUCAAAUGUUACUCAAUCAAAUGAACCAUUUAAAGAUGAUCAAGGUAAUGAUUCCCUUUAUCCAUCACAAGAAUGGUUAUCUCAUAGAAUUAAAACAAGUGCUGGGCCAAUACCAGGAAAUAACUUCCAACCAUAUAUGGAUAAUUCACCAAGAUUAAAAUAUCAAAAUACUUCAAAACCAACAAAUGAUCAAUUAACAAUGUUUAUAAAUGCAACAAUGUAUAGACCAUUUGGAACAAAUGUAGAAACUUACAAAUGGUAUCAAUUUUUUGAAAAUAUAAUGAUUGAAGGUGGUGGAAAACCUCAUUGGGCUAAAAAUUUUAUUGGUUUCCCAUCUGAGAAACAAAACUCGGAAGAAGAUUUAAAAAACCAAAUUGAAUUUGGUGGUAAACCUUUUUAUUCAAUGGUUGGUUUCAAAAAAGUUAUGCAAAAUUGGUUUGGACAAGAUUUAAUUGAAUUUAAUAAAAUUAGAAAAUUAACUGAUCCUGAUGGUAUAUUUUUAAGUGGGAAACAAUGGGCAGAUAGAAAUGGUAUAAUUUUGUAA